AUGGAGCAGGGAAAAUGGGGAAAGACGGAGAGAAUGAAGUGCAAGCGAGAAGUAGAGAGAAGGAAAGGGCAUAUCCCGUUUCGUGUUCACAUUGGGAGGAGUCAAGCUAAAGCCAAGUGGCUCGACGAAAACCCGAAAGCGAAUCAAACUAUGGCCAAUGAAGAAGAAGCAGCAGCAGCAGCAAAACUCGAAGGAUUCCUUCAAUGGCUCGAGGUUAACAAAGUUGAACUAAGAGGGUGCAACGUCAAAUAUUGUGGUAAAAGUAAAGGGUUUGGUGUCUUUUCAUAUAAUGAUGUCUCUGAUGGUGUUCUACUUGUUGUUCCACUAGAUCUAGCAAUAACUCCCAUGAGAGUGUUGCAAGAUCCUCUUAUUGGACCUGAGUGUAGAGCUAUGUUUGAAGAAGAAGUUGAUGACAGGUUUUUGAUGAUUCUAUUCCUAAUGUUGGAACGCCUUCGAAAGAAUUCAUCUUGGAAACCGUACCUCGACAUGCUUCCCACCACCUUUGGAAAUCCACUCUGGUUUACUGAUGAUGAGCUUUUGGAGUUGAAGGGGACAACACUGUAUCGAGCAACUGAAUUACAGGCACUUCUUAUGUCAGGAUCCAAGGUUCAUGGAGUUGAUGGCCAAGUAAAUGGAGUUCCUUCUACACCGAUUCAAGGGGAGACUGUCUGGGUGGAGGGCCUUGUUCCUGGCAUUGAUUUUUGCAACCAUGAUCUGAAGGCAGUGGCAACAUGGGAGGUUGACGGAACAGGAUUGACUACUGGAGUUCCUCACUCCAUGUACCUUCUUUCUGCGAUACCUUGUUGUUCUCAUGACAUUUUUGCCCAUCCCACUCGGAAAGCUGAACAAACUCCCAUUGAAACUAAGAAAGAGAUUACCAUCAGCUAUGGCAACAAGGGAAAUGAGGAGUUACUGUACCUUUAUGGAUUUGUCAUUGAUAAUAAUCCAGAUGAAUAUCUUAUGGUCCAUUAUCCUGUAGAAGCAAUUCAGAAGGUUCCCUUUGCUGACUCCAAAAUGCAGCUUCUUGAAGCACAGAAAGCUGAAAUGCGGUGUCUUUUACCUAAACGCUUGCUGGCUCAUGGGUUUUUUCCAGCAGGCACAGCAAGUAAUGAUAGCAAUGGUAAGGGAAAAGCAGAGAAAAUUUGCAAUUUCAGUUGGAGUGGUCAGCGCAGGAUGCCGUCCUACAUAAAUAAGCUGGUCUUUCCUGAGGAAUUUUUGACUGCAUUGAGGACCAUAGCCAUGCAGGAAGAUGAGCUGUUCAAGGUUUCUUCGUUACUUGAAGAGGUUUCGUCAUUUAUGACCGGAGACAGGACAUGGUCUGAAGGGGUGAGGCAACCAACAGAUACAGAAGUUAGAACAGCAGUAUGGGAGGCUUGUGGAGAUUCUGGAGCUCUACAAUUGCUUUUUGAUCUUAUUCAAACUAAGAUGAUGGAUCUUGAAGAGAAUUCUGGAACAGAAGAUUGUGAUACCGAACUACUUGAAAAGUCCCAGGACGUGAAAAACAUAGAACAGUGUGAAAGCCCGGAAGCGGAUGGAUCCGGCCAUUACAAGUUCAUGAGCAGAAACAGGUGGUCAAGUAUUGUAUAUAGGAAAGGGCAAAAGCAACUCACCAGAUUAUUCCUGAAGGAGGCGGAGCAUGCCUUGCAAUUAUCCUUGGGCGAAGGAGAGUGA